CAGCCAGGCGCCCCUGCCACCCCCGCGUGAUGAACACCGCCUCAGUGUGGCCUCCAACGCCUCGGCAGGAUCUGGCCGGUCAUCUCCAAGGGGCAGCAUCAGUGGAGAGCCGCACCGUUUGCCUCCCCGCCUCCCCCCGGACCUCAUCCAAGUCCCCCAUGCUGUCCCCUUCCUCGCCCAUGAGUCCAGCCCCGAGGUCAGCCUCGGUUCCCCCAGGUGGGGUUGUGGCGACAGUGGUGGGCGGUGUGUUACGGAACUCUGAGGGCCGCGAGUUGUAUGGCCCGGUGCUGCGGCAGCGGCCACCCCUCGGGCGAGGCUCGUUCAGCGAAGACUCGACGGCCUCGUCGGCCUCCACCAACAGUUCGACGAGUAGCGCCAAGGCCGGGCAGCUGUCCUCCAACAGCAGCAGUACCGAGAGUGUCAACUCCCAGGAGGGAGCUGGGCAUCGCCAGCAGAACACCAGCAGCGUGCCCCCGACGCCCCCUCCGAAGCAGAGGCAGGAAAACCUAGAAGCAAGGCACAUGGAGCUCCUCAGGCGCCAGAAGCAGCUGCAAGAGCAAUACCAGCGCCUCCAGGCCCUCCAGCGUUCAGGAGGUCGUCUCGCUCCGGCCAACGUGGACUUGAAGAAAACGGGGAGCGAGAGCAAUCUGUCAGCCCGCCUGGGCCUCUCCCUGGCCCCGGUGUCGCACGGGUCCCUCUCCAACCUCGCCUCGUCCCCGUCCCCAUCCCAGUCGCAGGCCUCCCACACCAACACCCUCCCCAACCCCAAGACCUCCUCCCUGGCCACCGUGGGAGGGGACGCGCACCUGACGACGAAGCGCACGAGUGGUGGCCUGGUGGAGACCGAUAUUCUCUGAAGGCCCUGGGCUCUGUUUAUACACUGAGUAUGGAGGAAGACUCUCCUUAUUCAUGAGAAUAGGAUAUGUAAAUAUGUAAAGUUUAUACAUACAAGAAACUGCCAACAGAGAGACUAAGGGAAACUUACCAUGCAAUAUACGCUUUGUUUAGGACUCAUUUUGCGUCAUUUGACAAAACAUAAUUUUUGUCAUGGUUAUUUCAAGGUUUAUCUAUGUCAUUAAAAUCAAAAGACUUUUUGCCUACCAAACUCCUUGAUCAAGAAGAAGAUUUUAAGGAUGAUUUCUUAUCCGAUGACAUAAAGUUCCAAAAAGGGUGGACACAAAAAUGUUGCUCAAAACAGGAUGCUAAAGACAGCCAACAGAGGAGUAUAAUUAUAUGUUAUACUUGGUGUACUAUAAUGAGUGAGGAACAGAGAUUUCUGUCUGAAUAUAACAUGUAGUUAUAGUCCUGGCAAAAGGAAUAUAAGCAACGCUAAAAUUGUUUAAAAAAAGGUGUGCAAGUCUAUGAUCUUAAGCCAGCUUUGUAUGUCUGUAUAUUUAAUGAAACAACUGAUUUGUAUUACAUACUCAUUAACAUUUGGAGUGUGUGCGUGUGUGUGUGUGUGUGGUAAAAUCAAUAUUUAGAGACCAUAAUCAUCAUAGUAAUAAAAACUUCAUCAAGUGUAGUUUCAUAAUUACAGUGCUGAUUUAACAAGUGUGGGUAUUGUUAGGUUGGUGUAUCCGCGCAGUAUGGCACCCACAUGAGCGAAGCAUAUCAGGGUCCUGCAUAAACUAUGUUAUAUUAGUCUAACCACAAUAUAUGUUUAAGUGUCAUAUUUUUACUAAAUAAUCUUGAUUCAUGGUUGAUUUUCUCUUUUAAAGUAUUUCACUUGAUAUCUAUUUUAUAGCUUGGCUUUGGGAUUAAUAGACUUGCAAUUAAUUUCUUUACUCAUGAAUUAUGACAAGAAAGUUUCAUGUAAAUAGGUUAUAAAACUGCACAUGUUUAUGUAUCUGAUACUGUCAAUUGUGUCAUUUUAUUUAUUUGCCUUCUUUUGUGACGAUGUUGCGCACAAUACCAUUGUCACAACUUAAA